GCCAACAAAUUAAACACAGAUCGUGUGUAAACAGUUUGCAGACUUUGAAGUGCAAUAAGUACAUAAAACUGUUUCUAAAUGUCAGAAUAUACGACAAAACCAUUCCUAAGACAUGCCGGAUGGGCUUUGUUUUUAUCUCUUUUUCUUAUCUUUGGCUCAGGUUGUGUGAGCCGAUAAGGGCGGGUCUGGUGGUUGUCCAUUGUGAUGUCACCAAAAAUGAAAAAGAAAUAAAAGGAACAUUUCAGAUGAAAGCUCAAAGCGUUGUUUCAUCUUGACAAUUGGCUCAAGUUAGACUUUUCAACGUCGUACGAGCAGGAGUCUGUUUGAGGAGUGCCGGGAUGGGAGUUGUCGAUAGCAACCCUUGGAUGAAUGUGCAUUCUGUUUCCGCACAUGGGAACAAAGCGACGAGGGCAUUUCAGUACCAUCGGUUGGUAUAUUGUUUGAAAUGAAAAAAGGAGAGCACUUGUUACGUAGCAUCAUGGGCUGAGUGACAAAAUAGGCCAGAGCAACAAUGCGCCAUCAUCAACCAGCGCCAGCCAAUUUUGACAGCGCUUGCCCGAUGGUGUUGUUUCCAGGCAACACGCCGUGCAGCAGUGCAGUACGGCUUUCCUUGGAUGCCAGCCAGAGGCUGAUUGUUGCCGCACCACGGAGGGCGAGCGAGGCAUGAUGGAACUGCAGCAGACUAACGCAGUCAAAAGCCAGCAUGCAGGUACGCCGAAACAAGGUGCCACGGUCAGCUUCCACGAUAUACACUACAAGGUGACACAGACCGCAGGAUGUUUGUGCUGGAGGAAGACCACCACCAAAGAGAUCCUCAUUGACCUCAAUGGGAUCAUGAAGCCUGGCCUCAACGCCAUCAUGGGAGCAACUGGCAGUGGAAAGUCAUCGUUCCUGGAUGUUUUGGCCGCCAGGAAGGAUCCUGCAGGUCUGUCAGGUGAAGUCCUCAUUGACGGUGCCCCUCAGCCGCCUGACUUUAAAUGUCUGUCGGGAUACGUGGUGCAGGAUGACGUGGUGAUGGGAACACUGACAGUCAGAGAGAACUUCAGCUUCUCGGCGGCACUCCGUCUCCCAUCCAGUGUUUCCCAGGCCGUCAAGGAGCAGAAAGUGGUCCAACUGAUUCAGGAGCUUGGACUGAGCCGCGUGGCCGACUCUCGGGUGGGCACCCAGCUGAUUCGCGGCAUCUCCGGUGGCGAGCGGAAGCGCACCAACAUCGGCAUGGAGCUCAUCAUCGACCCGCCCGUUCUAUUCCUGGAUGAACCCACGACCGGGUUGGAUGCCAGCACCGCCAACUCCGUGCUGACGCUGCUCAAAAGGAUGGCCAACAGCGGGCGCACCAUCAUCCUGUCCAUCCAUCAACCUCGCUACUCCAUCUACCGCCUCUUUGACAGCCUCACCCUGCUAGUCAAUGGCAGACAGGUGUACCACGGCCCGGCACACAGCGCACUGGACUACUUUUCGGAAAUCGGGUAUGUCUGCGAGCCUCACAACAACCCUGCCGACUUCUUCCUGGACGUCAUCAACGGGGACUCCACCACAAUUGCCGUGGACGGAGAAGAUGCAGACUCCAUGUUGAAAUCCAGGCAGAGAAUCGAGGACAAACUGGUGGAGGAAUACAGAACCUGUUCUGACUUCAACCGGACCAAAGCCGAGUUGGAGAGAAUUAUCCAAGGUAAGAAGACAAGCCGGUCCACUCCCUCCAGAACCAUCACCUACAAUACCGGCUUCCUGACGCAGUUCCGCUGGGUUCUUAAGAGGACAUUCCGCAACCUCCUGCUCAACCCGCAGACCUCCAUUGCUCAGGUCGCAGUUACGUUGUUCCUGGCUCUGGUUGUCGGAGCCAUUUUCUUCAACGUCCAGGAAGACCAGAGCGGGAUCCAAAACAGAUUCGGCGCCCUCUUCUUCAUCACCGUCAACCAGUGUUUCAGCUCCCUGUCUUCGGCCGAGCUCUUCAUCGCGGAGAGGAAACUCUUCAUUCACGAGUACAUCAGCGGCUACUACAGAGUGUCUGUCUACUUCCUGUCCAAGAUCCUGUCCGACAUUCUCACGUUGAGGACCAUCCCUGCAAUUGUGUUCAGCUGUGUGGCCUACUUCAUGAUUGGGCUGAAGCCGACGGCAGAGGCGUUCUUCCUCUUCAUGUUCACCGUGACUCUGGUGGCGUAUACCGCCACCGCCAUGGCACUGGCCAUCUCCGCCGACCAGACAGUGGUGGCCAUCGCCAACAUCUUCAUGACCAUCGCUUGCGUCUUCAUGAUGAUCUUUGCAGGCUUGCUGGUCAAUCUCCCUUCCAUCGUCAGCUGGCUGGCUUGGCUGAAAUACUUGAGCAUACCACGCUAUGGUCUCGGUGCUUUGCAGGUGAACGAGUUCUAUGGGUUGGACUUCUGUCGCGGCCUAAACAGCAGCAUCGUGCCACCGGGGACAAUUUGCAGGGGCCAGGACUUCCUGGACGAGCAAGGUGUGGAAUACUCGACUUGGGGCUUCUGGCAGAACCACGUGGCCCUCGGAAUCAUGACCGUGUGCUUCCUCACCAUCGCUUACCUCAAACUGCGCUUCAUCAGGAAGUUCACUUAGAGUGGCUUGGACA